AUGGAAAAAAUCCCUCAUUACAAGCGCGAUAAGCUCAAAGAUAUACUCAUACAGACAUCCAAAGAGAUUCAUUCAAGUAUUAUGGCGCGCUUCUCUACGUUCAGCAUGCCUUACGCUAGUGUCGCUCUAGACGAAGUUACCACACAGAAGAGAUCUUUACUCGACUUUGUGUUGGAAAAUCCUUGCUUUCCAAUUCAGUCUUAUCCAGCCCAUACAGAAAGAAUGACUGGAUUGAAGACUGCCAACUACACACUCGCGAUCAAUAAUGGAUUGAAGGCAAUCCAUGAUUGUCACGUGCAGAUCGGCUGUGUCAUAGUUGAUGGAGGAACAGCACAAUUGGCUGCACUUACUGGUAAGGAUAAUUCCAUCCUUGCCUUAUCCAAGGUGCAAUGGAUGAAGGAAAUCAUUGUUGUACCCUGCAUUUGCCACAGGGUACACAAUGCUUAUAAGGCGGCAAUGAACCAUCCAGCAAUUUCACCAUUGAAGGAUCAAUUGCUGGAAGUUGCCGAAAUAUGCCGCCAGCAUGUCGAGGUUUUUGGAUCAAGAUGCCCAUCCAAUGUCGAAACAAGAUGGGUAUCCUUCAUCUAUCCUCUCCAUUUUAUCUGGACCAAGCGGGCGAAGGUGACAUUAUUCCAUUCCAUUCCUGACGGAACAGAAGAUCUUUAUAAGUGUUCCGUCAUCUUCGCCAGCUUGGUCCUGAUCUUCGAAGACCCGAAGUCUCCACUUUCCAGGGUCUAUCCUUGCAUCUAUAAUGCAAUGAAGGCCCUGGAAGAGCUUGAUGCCGAAAACAACAGAUUCGCCAGAAUCUUUAGGGACAUCUUGCUUGAGAAGACCAUUCAUUCGCAAAUGGGAGGCCUUUGGGCAUUUGCAUACAUCAUUACACCCAAAGGCCUCAUGUUUGCUAGGAACAGUAUCAAUAGCAGAGAAUUCCCUCCCCCAACAAGCGGCUACGUGAAGAUGUUCCACUACCGGCAGAAAGAGGAAGACCCGAUAGAAGAUGUCAGGGAAAUCUUCAUGGGAGACGCCGCCGCUGAAGCAGAAGGAAACACCGAACCACCAGCACCCUCGUUGAAGCACAAUUGGCCAGCCCAGGAUCUUAAUAGAUUCAAUGAAGAUCUUCAUGAGCAGGAAGAAGUUCAUGAGAGUAAUGAUGAUACUGAGGGUGAAGAGCUCUGUGAUUCUCCGAUGGUUGAUGCUGCAAUUAGCUGA